AGUGACUCUAGGCUGAGAUCCUCAGAGAGGAUGCUGUUCCUAAGCUCCCUGUCCACACUCCUCCUCCUGCUUCACCUUUCCCCCCCUCCGCUGGCUGCCCAGGAGGUGCAUGUGCGUCUAGCAGGCAUGGGCCGGCGUGGUACACAUGAGGGACGUGUGGAGGUGUUCUACAAUGGUGCAUGGGGCACAGUGUGUGAUGACGAGGUUGAUCUUAACCUGGCCAAUGUAGUGUGCCGACAGCUGGGCUUCCAGCGUGGCAUAACCUGGGCACAUAGUGCCAAGUUUGGCCAGGGACAAGGCUUGAUCUGGUUGGACAAUGUUCGCUGCAAGGGGAUGGAGCUCUCAAUUGCAGAGUGUCGCUCCAAUGGUUGGGGAAUCAAUGACUGCUCCCACUCUGAGGACCUGGGUGUCAUUUGCAGUACACAAAGGAGAAUCGACAUUCAACAGCCAGCUCCUCCAUCCUCCAGGCCUCAGCCAAGAUUCCAUUCUGUCUCUCCUCCAGCUCCAUCAUCAGUCCCAGCCUACAACCCCUCUUCUCCUGUGAGAGGCCAUGAGAUCGCCCUCCAUCGCAACCCAACUUCCUCACGUCGUAACAACUUAUCUCCACAGGAAAACGGCCAUGAGAUUCAGAUCUUGCGAAGGAAUCGGGGCAACCCCAGACCAAGUGUGCAAGCUGGCUCAGCUCUCCCACAGGGACACCAGCUGCCUUCACAUCUGGCGAACGCAGCCUACAGGCAGAGGCCGGACACGACGAGGCCCAGUCCACAGGCAGUGAGACGUGAGACAGAGGUAGACCGGAGGACUGACCGGCAUCAGCAGCUCAGUGGGAACCAUGUUGAACCAAACGCUGUUUAUCCAGAUGUGGGAUUUGAGACUGACUCUCAGUACAUACAGGGGUCUGACAGGAUUCACUUAGAGGAGGCUCGUCUCCGGCCGGUGCUGUCCGGCAAUCACGGCGGCAUGGCGACAGAGGGAGUUCUAGAAGUAAAGCAUGCUGGGAGGUGGCGUCAUGUGUGUAACCAUGGUUGGGACCUCAGCAGCAGCCGUGUUGUCUGUGGCAUGCUCGGAUUCCCUGCUGCUGAGGCGUUUGACCAAAACGCCUACAGGAAACUGUGGGACUCAAAGUUGGCCGAUCCAUCCUCCAGACUGAGGACACAGAUCACUAAGAAGGCCUACUGGGUGGAGAAGGUGCAGUGUGGGGGUGUGGAGGCCUCUCUGUCGCGGUGUCAGGUGCUGCUUUCUCUGCCCAGGAGUGACGUUCCAUGCAGGGGGGGUAUGCACGCUGUGGUCCGCUGCGUCCCUGGAUCCCAAUUUGCACGAUACGGCAGAGUACCUGCACCACCUACUGUGCCACCGGUUGUGCGUCUCAAGGCAGGGGCCCGGCUUGGGGAAGGCCGUGUCGAGGUGCUGAGGGAGGGGAAAUGGGGCACCGUGUGUGACCACCUGUGGGACAUGUCUGCAGCCAGCGUGGUCUGCAGGGAGCUUGGUUUUGGGACGGCUAAAGAGGCGCUCACCAAGGCCCAGCUGGGACAGGGUACUGGUCCCAUCCACAUGAACAGUGUGCAGUGCACAGGCAGGGAGAAAUCCAUCACAGAGUGUCCCCAUAGACCAGUGCCGCUUUACUCCUGCAAACACAGCCAGGAUGUGGCAGUGCGCUGCAACGUGCCCAACACUGGCCUUCAGACCACAGUUCGUCUGGCAGGAGGCAGAGAGCCUACCGAGGGCCGUGUGGAGGUGCUGAUGGAUGCUGGAGGAGUGAAACGUUGGGGCUCAGUCUGCAGUGAGAACUGGGGCAUCAACGAGGCCAUGGUGGUCUGUAGACAACUCGGUUUCGGCUUUGCUGCAAGAGCUCAUCAGGAGACCUGGUACUGGCCUGGUUCCUCAGAUGCUGGUGAGGUGGUUCUUAGUGGGGCCCACUGUGUCGGCACUGAGAUGUCCAUCCAGCAGUGUCGCAGAAAUACAAACGUCUACUGUCCCAGAGGAGGAGAUGGCAGGGCUGCGGGAGUCACGUGUGUAGAAACUGCGCCCGACCUUGUACUGGACGCGCAGCUGGUCCAAGAGACGGCCUACCUGGAAGACCGACCCCUGCACCUGCUGACCUGCGCCAAUGAGGAGAACUGCCUGUCCUCCUCUGCAGCCAGGAUGAACUGGCCUUAUGGACACCGACGCCUGCUACGCUUCUCCUCACGCAUCAUGAACCUUGGCCGUGCCGACUUCAGGCCCCGUGCCUCCAGGGAAAGCUGGACAUGGCAUCAGUGUCACAGACACUAUCACAGCAUUGAGGUCUUCACUCACUAUGAUCUGCUGACCUUCAAUGGAACCAAGGUGGCUGAAGGUCACAAAGCCAGCUUCUGUCUGGAGGACACCUACUGCCCUGAUGGUAUCCAUAAACGGUAUGCCUGUUACAACAUGGGACAGCAGGGAAUCUCUGUUGGCUGCUGGGACACCUACCGCCAUGACAUUGACUGCCAGUGGAUUGACAUUACGGACGUUCGCCCUGGUGAAUACAUCUUCCAGGUUGAAGUUAAUCCCUCCUUGGACAUGGCUGAGUCUGACUUCCAGAACAACGUGAUGCGUUGUCGCUGCAAGUACGAUGGAGCUCGAGUCUAUAUGUUCGGAUGCCAUGCAGGUGAUGCUUACAGUGCAGAGGUGGAGGACUUGUUUGAUCACCAACGCCAGAUCUCCAACAACUUCCUGUGA